AGGGCAGGACAAUAAACUAGUUUUUAAUUGAAACCCUUUCACUUUCGAAUUCUUCGCGUCACGUACAAGGAAAUUAUCCUUGACGCUUUGUUAGUCGCCUUCGUCAUUUUGGAAACCUUAACCCUAAAGUAUAGAAUAUAUUUAGAAUAUAGUCAGUACACUUUGAUACAUAAUGGCGCUUUUACAAGUAACUGGUUUUAAGCCUUAUUCUGAACUCCGGGGGCAGAUUCAUCCAGCAGGACAGACGCAUCUCUUCGACCGAACCAACCACUACAGUUUCGGGACCAAAACUCAAGAAUUUGCUGUUCCUCUGGGUGUAGACCCUUCCGGGUUUCUCAAAUCCUGCAACCGUGACGCAGGUGUGUCCAUAGACCUGAACCACGGUACGACCACCCUGGCCUUCAAGUUCAGACACGGAGUCAUCGUGGCUGUGGACUCCAGAGCCUCAGCUGGCCGUUAUUUAGCAUCCAACGAUGUCAACAAGGUCAUAGAGAUCAACCCGUACCUGCUGGGCACCAUGUCGGGCAGCGCUGCAGACUGCCAGUACUGGGAGAGACUCCUGGCUAAAGAGUGCAGGCUGUACAGGCUGAGGAACAACCAGAGGAUCUCUGUGGCUGCAGCCUCCAAGCUGCUGUGUAACAUGAUGCUUGGUUACAGAGGCAUGGGCCUUUCUAUGGGAAGCAUGAUCUGUGGAUGGGACAAAGAGGGCCCUGGUCUGUACUAUGUGGAUGAUAAUGCGACGCGUCUCUCUGGCCAAAUGUUCUCUACUGGCUGUGGUAGCAGUUUUGCCUACGGUGUGAUGGACAGCGGUUAUCGGGAAGACAUGACGGUUGAGGAGGCGUAUGAACUGGGCCGUCGGGGCAUCACUCACGCCACACACAGGGACGCCUAUUCUGGAGGCGUGGUCAACAUGUACCACAUGCAGGAGGAUGGCUGGAUAAAGGUGUGUAAGGAAGACGUAUCAGAGUUGAUCCACCGCUACAGGAAGGGAAUGUUCUGAGUUUGACCUCUAAACCCAGAUCAACCUCAGCCCUCUGAAUACCGUCUGCUGAUGCGUCCCUUUCCAAAAUAAAAUAAAUAAAAUAAUCUUUUGGCAACGAUUUCAAUAUAUUUUCUCAAAAAUUUAUUGAAAUAUUUGAUUUUGGAAAUGAAAGACCCAACUGUGUCUUACAGCAGAGUGUGUAGGGGAGUGUGUGGACCAUUUCUGAUUUUGGAUCGAUGAAAUGCCAGACCAUGAAAUGCUACUUAAAACCAUUUCUUUAGCUACAUAUAAAGCUAAACUUUACAGGAUCAAAUUGUCAUUACAUUUUUAGGACUGUUUGUUUAGUUAUUGUUCUUUAUAUUAUGUAAUGCCGGUACCGUGUAUGUGGAUACUUACAUGUUUCAGUGGUGGUUUUUGUUAGCCAGACAUCCUGUUAAUAUAAUCUUACAUACAAGAAACCGCUCCAAAUAAAGACUGUUGUUCAACUCA